AUGGUCGCUACAAGUACCGCUGACUCCAGGAACUAUGAUAUCCCAUCAGAACUAUGGCGGAGGACAACCAAAGUCAAGAGUGCAAUUCGAUGUCAUACAGCCUUGAAUGAUGCUGCUAAAUGGUCUACAAGAAUUCAGGCUGCAUCACCAUACGUGGUCGUCAGUUCAGGAGCCAAAAGCAAGAAUUUAUAUGUUAUUGAACAUCAGGCUCGCUCUAAAUUCGAUCCAGAUGAUAGUAAUGAUCAAGAACCGUCACUUAAUGUUCGAUCAGUCUUUACCAUUCCGCAUCCAAUCUAUGGAAUGUGCAUACAUCAAAACAAACUCGUGCUGGGAGGUCCCGACGGCGUAGCCCAGCUAUUCGAAAUCAAUUCAUCGGAGCUCGCCAGUAAAGGGAAGGGACUGACGCAUCUAUCAGAGUUGUCGAUAGGAGAAACCACAACACUGGAAGCAGUACCGGUAUCAGCACCAGGCCAAUGGACACGCUCAAUCCAAUUACGGUCAAUCCAAUUAUGUCCUACAGAUCCAAAUCGAUUAUUAGCUACACAAGGACGUAGCGUAAAAGUCUUGCAAAUAGCAUCUGGAGCCACCGAAUCCUUUGAUAUUGGAUCAGAUUUACUUAAUGUGGCAUCCUUCUCGCCUCAUAAUGGAUCAGUAUUUUCUGCUGCUGGUGCAGAUAGGAAUAUUUAUACCAUAGAUGUCAGGUUGGAGAAGCCCAAGAAUGCAGUCUGGACUGUGCAAAAGGCACAUUCUCGCGCUGUAACGGAUCUGCAAUUCAGUCCGUUUAUACCGUACUGGCUGGCAUCGUCUUCUGACGACGGUGUUGUAAAAGUAUGGGAUCUGAGAUAUGGGAAACAACCUGCUGCUCGGGUUGACGGGCACUAUCAAGGAGUGAAUGCCGUCGCAUGGUCAAAUACACGUGUUGAUUUAUUGGCUACUGUCUCGUCAGACAAGUCAUGGCGUGCAUGGACCUUUAACUCAAGUCUGGUGGUGCCAAGGCAUCCAGGAAAUGACAUAGUUAUAGCAUGUCCUGGUUCUGAAUGGAGUGGUAUAACGAAUAAGCAGGCUGGAGAUGUCUCUGUUGGUGCCACACAAGUUGGGGAGUGUUAUAUGGGUUACGCAGCUCCUGUUCUUGCUGUCACUGCCUCGUCACUACAUCCGGAUACAUUCUAUUGUGUCUCUGCUGUUGGCGAUGUUCAAAGUCACUGUCUACCUGCAGAAAUAUUUGAGGAAUCUGGAGGUUACGUUUUCGGCUCGAGAAAGUUUCCAGCAGAAGCAGAAUUUGAGCGAGCAUUACGAGCAAGGAAUUUGAGCUCUGCCCUCAGCCAAGCUGCUACCCUGACAAAGAGUAAUCCUAAACCUGAACCAGUACUGAAUCUAUGUCGACCAAAACCAGCUAUUACUGAAGCAGAAUAUGUCAUUGAUGGAUCAAAGGAAGGAGGACCACAAGUGGUUCAGGAAUUCAGAAAGGGGUUGGACGAGUGGUGCAUUGGAUUGCCACCAGCUUUUGAUUUACAGCCAUGGCUGUCGCUGCUCCCAUCUACAGUAAAGCAAGAAUUUGAUGGGGUCACAUUUAGGUUGAAUUUGUCCAACGAUAUCGCCACAGGGAACUGGCAAAAUAUAGUCAAAUAUGAAAAGAGUCUUCUUCAAUCAAUGAGCAGUGAUCCACAAUACUUGGAUAUUGAAAUUCUCAAGUCAAUAGUGGACUGCAUCUUUCCACAUGAACCUGUGCGAGCGAUGCACAUAUGUCUCAAGUCCGCAGAAAUCGCAGAAGAUGUAUCACCAACCAAAUUCUCAGAGUUUUCAGAACUGCUAUGGGUUUGUUUAUUCCCAUCUGUAUACGAUUCCGAAAAGUUUUUACCUCCGUUAGAGGUUUUAGACUGGAGUUCAUUGACUAGCUCUAAAUGGAUGUUGACCAAAGAUGCUAGGAAGAGUAGAAGGCGGGAUAUUGAGGGUACUUUGAGGGAUUCUAGAGUCGUGCUGAGUAUGGUUCGUGUUGAAAUAAACUUGCAAAAGAUAUUAAAUCGACCGAAUUUGGAAGAUGAAGUGCUACGCGUUAUAGCUGGAGACCGUGCCAUGGAAAGUGGUGGUACCCAGGCUGCUGUAAAAGAACGUGAACGCACAUUAUCUGCUCGUGCGAACAGAAUGUAUCUAGAUGCAUUACUGAAAUCUGCCCGAUAUGAAGAUUGGUUUGGAGUCUGUGUUGAGCUCAUAUCGACUUUCCAAACCACAGAUUUUGCUCGUCAACUCAUGACAAUUGCAGACAAGGUCGCAAUGCGACACAUUCGAAGUCACGUUGAUUCUCUCUUCAAAGAGGCUUCAACCCACCUCUCAGCUGCAGUACAACUAGCACAACAGAAUGCCGGCCCUCUAGAAAUCUCCAACAAGCUUACAUCCUCAAUCCAAAUCCUGGGCAAAACAUUUGUCCUGGUAUCCCGAAUCGCAUCUGCUGUAGUAUCAUUACUCCCGUCAGCAUACAAUUACGAAAAGGAAGCAAACAGAGAAAAGGAAGCUUCAGAUAAGGAAGUUACUACUAUGGUCAAUAACUUGUCGGUGCAAUUAAAAGAUUUGUUAAACAUGUUGGGAACAAGUUUGCCCAAGAUUUUGGGGACUGCCAAGAAAAUGUUGGGUCCAGUUGGUAGUUCAACGUACACGUCGUUGUGGGCGGCUGUGAAUGUGCUGUUGAAGGAUAUGGAAGUUAUUGGGAGGAGUUUCAGACGUGGCGAUAAGGGGCCUACGGGGCAAUUGUUAAUGGAAAUUGCUGAGAAUAUUCAACAGCUCAAGACCUGGGUUUUAGAAACUGGUGGUACUCCAUUGUAA